CGAAGGUUAAGGAUCAAUCAAUGUAAUGAGCGGAGAACCUUUUUUCUACAAGAUUUUUUUCCUCUCUUCACUGCGAGUGAGGUCGAUCGGGUUGAAGGAAUUUGAAUUCUAUAACAGAGAAUGGUUAAACUCUUCUUAUCGCCACCAGUAUAUAGUGACUUAGGAAAUGAAGGCACAGCAAAAGAGAGGAUCUCUCUUUUGCAGAAUCUUGAAUCAAUUAUAGGGAGAGUGAUAAAAUCUGGUGGUAGAUAUGAAGCUCGGAUUUGGCUCUGCAAUAGCAUUUCAAGCAUCCAUACUAUUGAUCCUCGCGAUCAGUGUGGCCUGUUUGUUGAUAUAUUGAGAUCUAAGAACUCGAAACAAGAUGUGGCUCCUCGAGUUCUGCAAAUGGUUUUCGAGAAGAGGCCGGAAAAAGUGGGCCCUAUAAUUGCAAAGCAAAGUUACAUGCUUGAGAAGUUUUUCAAAGGAAACCAGAAGCGCAUAUUGCAAUGGUUCGAUAAUUUUGCAACUACUAGUGAAUCUGGGCAUAAGAAAGGAGCUAGAGCACUAUCCCAGUUUGCAUUUGUGAACCGAGAUAUCUGUUGGGAGGAGCUUGAGUGGAAAGGGAAGCAUGGUCAAUCUCCGGCAGUUGUUGCUACAAAACCCCAUUAUUUUUAUGACUUGGAUGUCCUCAAGACUGUAGAAAAUUUUCUUGAAUAUGUACCAGAUUUCUGGUUAUCAGAUGAGCUUGCCGAAUCUGUUAAGGAUGGUGAUAUUUUGAACCUUGAUGUGAAAUACUUUGUAGAUAAAUUUAUACAGUUGAUGUAUGAGGAGAAAUUAGAUGAUAUCUGGACAGUCAUUGAGGAUUUUCUUGAGGAAAUUGAAUUUUCAUUUCUAUCACAAAAUCUCCUCAUUUUGUUGGAUGAGAGCAGUCUCCUUACUUUUUUGAAGUCCCUUGGUAGGCUGAUUCGUCUAAAUGUGAAGUGCAAGGAAUAUGGCUACCCGUCUUGUUGGCUUGAAAAUCUUCUUUCAAAAUGUAAUGAUUUUAUGUCACUUGAUGAUUUUCUUUUGUUAAAUGCUGUUGUCUCUCAUGGGAGACAACUGUUGCGUGUCUUGGGUGAUGAAGAUCAUGAGGAAGAGAAGGGGAAUUUGGAGGAUCUUUUGAGAAAUGCAGUAGUAUGUAGUGAUGCUGAUCAUUGGGCUCUCAUGAAAGAAUGUGCAGACAUGAAAGAGCAGGUGGCAAUAAAAUGGGCGGGACUACAAUCUUGGAUUAUCCACUAUUACUUGUCAAAAGAAUGCCGAACUCAGCAGUCGUGUGAAUCAUUGUUUGUUGAAAAUGGAAUAAGUUUCCGCAAGUCCGACGAAUAUUCAUUAGUGAACUCAGAUGGUUUUUCAAUGCUAUAUAGCUCAAACAGUGACGGAGAAGGCGUUGCAAGAAAAGGUGGUGUCAAGAAGAGAAAGAGAGAUAGAAAGAAAAAGAGGAGAAAGAGGUAUGCGUCUGAAGAUAAUAAAGCUGAAGAACUGGUGGAAUUUGAAAUGUUUGGUGGGUGGCAAGGCUUGCAGUCCGGAGGGAGUAGCUGGUUUCUGUCGACAGAUGGUUUUUCCUGUGCAUGGAACACUGCUGAUUUAGCAGAGCACCUUUCUAGGCACUGCUUUUCAACGUGGAUGAAAUGGGUUUCCUCAAACUAGCAGUUACUUCCAACAGAUUUUGUCAUUGGAUGACCCAUUAUAGAAGGGGACAGCAAGGAUUGAGAGCCACCAUCUUUUAUAUGAUCCUCUCUUUUGUCCUGCCAUCGAUUUUAAAGCCCAACUUAAUAGUGCAUGAUUCACGACUAUGCUGGAGUUUCAGGUCUUGCAUUGCCUAGUGCUCAAAAUGACUUCCUAGGUUUGAGCUUUGAAGGUUCGAGUAUGUUCGUGCUGAUUGCUUGAGGCCAUAAACCAUCUGCAGUAUAAGAUGUUUAUGUGAUGAUGCUUGUCUUGUAUAAUCAGGUUGAAGCCAUCAGUGACUAAUGGAGAUCCAAUGAAUUUCGAGUAAUUUCACUUUGGUUA